UGACAUAUAUAAAAGAGCAGUUCUUAGCUACAACUGUAUUUAGAAGGUACUAGUGGCGUCUAGACUCCUCAUCUUACAGGGGCAUCAUGUGUGUAUCAAUACUUCUCCUACUUGGGAUGUUUUCCAGGCUCUGUAACAGUGAUCAGUCAUGUCCAGAAGUGAAAGUUUUGGGGAUUGGGGACUCGGACAAAUUGUCAAUUCUUAGAGGCUGCCCUGGUCAUCCUGGCCUUCCAGGUCAAAAAGGAGAUGUUGGGGCUUCAGGAGAAAAAGGGCAAAAAGGAUCUUUAGGGCAGCCAGGAAAGGUUGGACCUCCAGGUGAAAAAGGACAAAUGGGAUCUGUAGGGGAGCCAGGAAAGGUUGGACCUCCAGGUGAAAGAGGAGAGAAAGGCGAAAGUGGUGUGACUGGAGAAGGAUAUGCUGUCAGGAACUGCAAAGAAAUCCAGAACCAGGGGGCAGUGCUCAGUGACUGGUACACCAUAUACCCGGAUGGCAGCCAGCCCCUGAAGGUCCUGUGUGAUAUGGACACUGAUGGAGGGGGGUGGAUUGUAAUACAGAGACGUUGGGACGGGUCAGUGGACUUCUUCCGUACUUGGGAUGCUUAUAAAAAAGGAUUUGGAAGUCGGCUAAAUGAAUUUUGGCUGGGAAAUGAUAAUAUUCAUCAAAUAACUUCAACAGGCACAUGGGAAUUACGUGUUGAUCUACAAGAUUUCGAAGGUAAAAAGGUGUUUGCCAAGUAUUCAAGCUUCAAAGUCUUGGAUGAAUCUGAGAAAUUCAAAUUAUUAAUUGGAGCCUAUGAGGGAGGAACCGCAGGAGAUUCUAUGGGAGGUCUAAGCAACGUCAUGUUUAGUACUAAAGAUGAAGACAACGACAUUUAUGAUGGCAGCUGUUCUCUGUUGUUUAAAGGUGGCUGGUGGUAUUCCAAUUGUCACUCUGCCAACCUUAAUGGAUUAUACCUGCUCGGAGCGCACACAUCCCAUGCAGAUGGCAUCAACUGGUAUUCCUCAAGAGGGCAUAACUACUCAUUCAAGCAGGCAGAAAUGAAGAUUAGGGCGGUUUAGGAAGAGAAGUCCUGGGAAUUUGUGAUUUUCUAAAUAUUUGCUAAAAAUAUUUGGUUACAGUUAUUUUUUUAUUAUACUGCUAUUUGGAAUGUAAUUGAUCUUUGUGGUUUAUGAUAAUUGCAAUUUUAUUCGUUGUUACUUUGAACCCGGCAUCUGAAAAUAUUACUUUAUUGAGACACAUGUUAAGCUGGAAGUUGGGAGUUUCUGAUUUGUGCAAUAGUCUGUCUACAGAAGGUAUUCUAAAUAUUUUCCCAUGAAUAAAAAAAAAACGAAAAAAACAAGACAGAAAUCUAAAUCUCAGAGUUCCUCUGUUU